AUGGCGGAUCAAUUGAAGGACCCUCUGCCAACCUUCGUUGAGGACUUUGGCAACGACGAGCGCAUCUCCUUCUCCAAGCUCGAUAACAAAUACCUGGCCGUCCUCGACGACGGCACCGAGCUCGAGUUCGACCCAGCGACAUCCACGUGGGACGAGGCCGCGGACGAACCCAUAGAACCACUCGACGACGAAGACGAGACCGCGGCGCAACUGGCAGACCUCUCGAGAGCCGGCGCCGGCCCGAGUUACAGCAACGGAGGCAGCAGCAACAACCCAAGGAAACGGAAGGAUUCGCCCACGUCAGCAGAUGCCGCCGGCGGCGGCGGCGGUGCAGACAGACAACAGAGCGGUGACGGCAAUGGCGACAACGGCAACGGCAACGGCAGGGCGCGUCCAGCAAAGAAGGCCAAGCCGGCGCGCGCACCGCCGCCGCCGCGCCAGAACACGGCCGUCUACGUCACCGGUCUACCCGCCGAUGCGACGGUGGACGAGGUCCACGACCUCUUCUCCCGAAAAGCCGGCGUGAUUGCCGAGGAGAUUGACAGCGGCCGGCCGCGCAUUAAGAUGUACACGGACGAGGCCGGCAACUUCAAGGGCGACGCGCUCGUCGUCUUCUUCAAGCCGCAGAGCGUCGAGAUGGCCAUUAUGCUGCUGGACGACACCGAGUUCCGCUUCGAGCCGGGUCCGACGGGGGCAACAGCACCGAGGAUGAAAGUCCAGGCCGCCGACUCGAGCUAUAAGAAGACAAAGUACGACGAGGACACGAAGGGUGCGGAAGGUGGGGAUAAGAAGGGGGAAGGAGAUGCGGCCGCCACCGCUCGGCCGCAGCGGAGCACGAACAACGGGGACAAGCAAAAGAUUAUCCGCAAGACGCAAAAGAUGGCCGCGAAGCUGGCGGACUGGAGCGACGACGACGUGGCGGCGGCGCCGGUGGAGAGCACAUCGAAGCGCAACCGGACGGUGAUCCUGCGGCACAUGUUCAUGCUGGCGGAGCUGGAGGAGGACCCGGCGGCGCUGGUGGAGAUCAAGGAGGACAUUCGCGACGAGUGCGGCAAGCUAGGCAAGGUCACCAACGUGGUGCUCUACGACGAGGAGCCGGACGGCGUGGUGGCGGUCAAGUUCUCGGAUACGCAGGCCGCGCAGGCGUGUAUCCAGCUCAUGCACGGGCGGGCGUUUGACGGGCGGAUCGUGGAGGCGAGUAUAGCGAAGCCUCGGGAGAAGUUUAAGAUGUCCAGGGGACAGGUCAGCGAUAGCGACUAG